AUGAUUACUGAGCUGGCUCUGUACGAUAUCCCCCAAGAUCGUACUCCUGCUGCCGGUGUCGCUGCGGAUGUAAUUCACAUCAACACGCCCGCUCAAGUGGAGGGGUACGCCAGUUUGAAUGAGAUCGGAGCGGCUCACGGGCUCAAACGUUGUCAGUGA